UUCUGAGGGGAAGGAGAACAGCUGGGUCUCCUGAGAGCCCGAGAAAGAUCAGUUUACAAACUCCAGCCCUGGCCUAGACCUUCCCUCCUUCCUUCGUCUUGGCUCAAGGACAAACUUCUGUGACCAUCCUUUCACAUUAGCCCAAGGUCCUGAAAGAAAAUAUUACCAAGGGUUCCUUCUCUCCCCCACAAAAAUGUACCCAGUCCUUUCACAGACCCAGCUUCUGAUUGGAGGUCCGGUUUCUUCGGAUCACGACCUUCAGACCCCUCUGUUGGUUUCAGCCUGUUUAUACUAUUCUUACUGCUACACCUUAAGGUGCCUGCAAGUGGGGCAUGAGGAAAAGUAGGAGCUGCGUUUUCUCAUCUCCAGGUACCAGAACGGAGGCCAAUCGCAUUCCAGCUUCCGUAGCAGGCCCAGAACUGCAUCUUUCCAUGACGCCCUUCCGGAAAGGCUGCACGCCACCAUGAGGGAUCUUCUCCAGUACAUCGCCUGCUUCUUUGCUUUUUUCGCCACUGGAUUUUUGAUUAUAGCCACCUGGACAGACUGCUGGAUGGUAAAUGCUGAUGACUCCCUGGAGGUGAGCACCAAAUGCCGAGGCCUCUGGUGGGAAUGUGUCACAAAUGCUUUUGAUGGGAUUCGUACCUGUGACGAGUAUGAUUCUAUAUAUGCGGAACACACCUUGAAGUUGGUGGUAACUCGGGCGUUGAUGAUCACUGCUGAUAUUCUGGCUGGGAUUGGAUUUAUUACCCUCCUGCUUGGACUUCACUGUGUGAAAUUCCUUCCUGAUGAGCCAUACAUUAAAGUUCGCAUCUGCUUUGUUGCUGGGACCACGUUGCUCAUAGCAGGUGCCCCAGGAAUCAUUGGGUCUGUGUGGUAUGCUGUUGAUGUUUAUGUGGAACGUACUUCUCUGGUUUUCCACAACAUAUUUCUUGGGAUCCAAUAUAAAUUUGGUUGGUCUUGUUGGCUUGGAAUGGCUGGGUCACUAGGUUGCUUCGUGGCUGGGACUGUCCUCACCUGCUGUUUAUAUCUCUUUAAAGAUGUUGGGCCUCAGAGAAACUACCCGUAUUCCACAAGGAAGCGUUACUCAGCUGCAGGAGUUUCCAUGGCCAAGUCCUACAUGGCUUCCCGGACAGAGACUGCUAAAAUGUAUGCUGUAGACACCAGGGUGUAAAACAUGCCAGAUACCAAUCAGUGUUUCUAUGUUAACUAAUUUAUCAAUCAAUUUGCCCAAGUUAAUAAAAUAAUUGUUCAUUUCUGA